GGCGUGGUGAACGUGACCGCGCGCUACAGAGUUGGACUCGUCUAAUCGGGGUCCAAAAAGAGAGAAACCCACAAACUAGCAGGAGGAGAGACAAACACACCGACAGCCCCGAUUGACCGGGGCGCUCGCAACGCUCUGGUUCAGAGAAGGAGGAGAGGAAAACACGUACACAUUGCAGUUGUGUAAUGAGCCCGCUGCCAAUCAGAGAAGCUCCCAGUUGGACCCCUCCCCUGCUCCAGAGAGAUUUAUAGCGGGCCCCGGCUCCUCUCGAGCGUUGCUUCGGUCUCUCAGUCUGAUCAGUCAGGGGUCCACACAGCUGCAGGAUUAUGGCACCAGGAAAGAAGGGGAUCUUGGAGCGUCUCGACGCCGGGGAGGUGGUGAUCGGCGAUGGAGGCUUCUUGUUCGCCCUGGAGAAGAGGGGCUACGUGAAGGCCGGCCCCUGGACCCCGGAAGCAGCCUCGGAGUACCCCGAGGCAGUGCGACAGCUGCACAGGGAGUUCCUGAGGGCCGGGGCCAACGUCAUGCAGACCUUCACCUUCUACGCCAGUGACGACAAACUGGAGAACAGGGGCAACAAGCUCACCUUCACCGGAGCUCAGAUCAACGAGGCCGCCUGCGAUUUGGCCCGCGAGGUCGCCAACGAGGGCGACGCCCUGGUGGCCGGAGGAGUGUGUCAGACUCCGUCCUACCUGAGCUGCAAGAGUGAGAAGGAGGUGAAGGCCAUCCUGAAGAAACAGCUGGACGUGUUCAUCAAGAAGGACGUAGACUUCCUGAUCGCUGAGUACUUUGAGCAUGUGGAGGAGGCCGUGUGGGCCGUGGAGGUGCUGAAGGAGACCGGGAAGCCCGUGGCCGCCUCCAUGUGCAUCGGACCCGAGGGAGACAUGCACGGCGUCUCUCCUGCAGAGUGCGCUGUCAGGCUGGCCAAAGCAGGUGCCCAGAUUAUUGGCGUCAACUGCCACUUUGACCCCAUGACCUGUGUGGAAGCUGUGAAGAUGAUGAAGGAGGGAGUGGAGAAGGCCGGGCUGAAGGCUCACUACAUGGUGCAGCCCCUGGCAUACCACACUCCCGACUGCAGCUGUCAGGGAUUCAUCGAUCUGCCGGAAUUCCCCUUCGGUCUGGAGCCCAGGAUCCUGUCGCGCUGGGACAUGCACAAGUUCGCCAGAGAGUCCUACAACGCCGGCAUCCGCUUCAUCGGCGGCUGCUGCGGUUUCGAGCCCUACCACAUCAGGGCGGUCGCAGAGGAGCUGGCCCCCGAGAGGGGCUUCCUCCCCGCCGCGUCAGAGAAACACGGCAGCUGGGGAGCCGGUCUGGAGAUGCACACCAAGCCCUGGGUCAGAGCCAGAGCUCGCCGCGACUACUGGGAGAACCUGAAGCCAGCCUCUGGUCGCCCCCUGUGUCCCUCCAUGUCCGCCCCCGACAGCUGGGGCGUCACCAAGGGCCACAAUGAUCUGAUGCAGCAGACAGAGGCCACCUCCAAGGACCAACUCAAGACGCUGUUCGACAGGUCAAAGAGCAACUGAGUCUCCGUCGCACAGGCGGGCGGCAGGCCCCGGUCAGACAGGGGCGGCGCGCACGAGAUCUGUAAACUGUGAUGCAGCCAACAAACGUAGCGUCAGGGGCCGAAUCUUCACUUGAGAGUCACUGAACCGCGUGAUCUGAAAGAAACAACGCGUGAGCAGCCACGGGGGGCGGGGGGUCACGUGAGGAGUCGGCCCGCGUUAAGAUCGGAAACUUUUUGUUCUUCGUGACUCAGUUUGGAUCCGUUUGUUUUAUAAAAGAACGAAUAAAAUGUGAAUUGGCCACUG